AUGGUUUCUUCUGUCCAUUCCAUAGUAAUAGCUUUACACAGCCAGGAGCUUUUGGCCAAAUCGACAGCGACGCUGACAGAGGUCUACCAGCUGGUGCCCGAGGUGUCUUUGGGCAGAGUGAGUGCGCAGCAAGCCGACGAAGCUAUCGAGCGAUUGCACAAUGUGUUCGGUCAAUUACUCGAAAGAUGCGAUAAUGUCAGCUGGAUGGAACGGCAAGCAGCGGAAGUGCUUGACGCCAAUCAGCUUCAUAUCUGGCGAAAGCACUUAGAUAUCGUCCUGUGGACUCGAGCAUGGUCCGCAUUGCGCGCACAACAGCGCAAAACGAAGUCCUCCAACGCAGAAAGCAAACAGUUGUCGGAAGCAGAAGCAGAGAGCAUCGUGCCCGCUGCGGCGCCCUUGGGCAACGCUUUCAUGUGUAUGUUCCAAGAGGAACUGCGAGCGGAACCAGACAAGAAGGCCAUCACAGAGGCCGAACAGCGUAUCAGCCAAGCAGUGCAGGCCCUGCUCGAACAAAGCUUCUCGUGGGACCAUAUUUUCGAGAUACCAGACUUGCUGAAUUUUCCAGCGACGGCCGCAGAAAGAUUCUUGGAGCUCAUGCAGGCGCUCCAGUUAUCCCGCGAACCAGCGGCGAGCGAAGCCAGCAAUGAUCAAGUGGAUUAUUUGGCGAGGGCGGCUCCGUACGACCCGCUCAGCGAGGGUGUGAUCGCAUCGGAAGACGAAAUUGCUAACCGCGGACACGCAGGAGUGCCGCUGCUCCCAGAAGGGGCUCCACAACCUGUGCCUCCGGAUGGUCUCUGCCUCAGCUACGCCUGCGUGGGCGCCCAGAACCCGAGGUAUCUAGCAAAAAUGCGCCGAGAUCGAAGCGGAUUUGUUGUGGACGAAAGAGAAGCCUCAAGAUUUCGCACGGCUGCCUUGAACUUUCGCGCGGCAGUGGCCGUGCGAGCUCGCAGAGCAGCCAGAGCAGACAUUGCAACAGCAUUGCAGAGUGGCGACUGGCCGAGCGAGGCGGCGCUGCACUUUUUUGCGGAGGAGUUGGGGGGGAGUCUGAUGGUGACCUCUUUGUUUUCCGAGGAGAAGAUGUUAUUCGGGCAGGGUCCUAUUACAGUUCACGUACUACACGGAGUGACGGAGCCGGAUGCAGAUGGACAUUCCUCCGGUCACUUCGAACUGUUGCAGUCAUGGUUGCCUGCCGAUGAAAAGCCGAGCGGCUCCAGAACAAAGAAGAAAAGAUCUUCGUCACUCCGAGAACAUGAGGAGUCCGAGAGCAGUAAGCCGGAGAAGAAGAAGCCGAAGCCAGGAAAGCACAAAGCUGGCUCUGCGGCGAAUGUCAGCGGCGUGCGCAAAGCAAGGGACUUCGACCCGGAGGAGCCAGGGGAGGCGGUUGUAUUCAAUCCAGACGAAAUUCGAGAAGAUUCGCAUGCAAAGGAGCAGCACCAGAGCACAGCGGCGUUAGUUUCGAGAGCGUCUGGGAACGCGACGCCGACCCGCACAACAGCAGAUGUGGGUUGUGGCGACAUGAGCAAAGUCAAAAGGAUCUCGAAAGCGAAGGUUGCAGAGGCCAUGUCCCAGGACCCUCUGACAUCUCAGCCUCCACUCCUCGACAGCAGCUCGGAAGCAGAGUCGGCUGAAGUUUCCAGGUUUUAUUCGCAGCUUCUGGACGAAGGAAGUCAAGAAGAGCACGCAGAACCAUUGCAGAGGCAUGGUGGCAGGACUACGAGGAGCAGCGGCGGGCCAAGAGACAGCGCAGUGAGAGCAACAUUGGACGGACGAAAAGCCGAAGCACGGUGA